GGGCCAGCCCGUCACACCCUUACCAACACUGCGCUGUUGCUUCGCAUUAAAAUUUCAUACUCGACUUGAUCGGAAAAUUCCCGGAAAGAAAACAAAGAUAAGCCGGAAUAAACGAAGCAGCCAUGUCCUAUCAACUCUACCGCAACACCACGCUGGGCAACACCCUGCAGGAGAGCCUCGAUGAGCUGAUUCAGUACGGCCAGAUCACGCCCGGAUUGGCGUUCAAGGUGCUGCUGCAGUUCGACAAGAGCAUCAACAAUGCCCUCAACCAGCGGGUCAAGGCCCGCGUCACCUUCAAGGCUGGCAAACUGAACACCUACCGCUUCUGCGACAAUGUCUGGACCCUCAUGCUCAACGAUGUGGAGUUCCGCGAGGUGCACGAGUUCGUCAAGGUGGACAAGGUCAAGAUCGUGGCCUGCGACGGCAAGAGCGGCGAGUUCUGAGCACCACCGAUCCGAUCUGAGCCCCCUGUCCCCGUAUACACCACUAUAAUCGUAACAAAUAGCUGUAAGAUCAAUAGCCGAUAAGCUGGGUUGGCCCCAAACACCGACCGUGUGAUGCACUAGGCAUUGCAAGAAAUACACUGUUAAAUCGUAGUUCAACAAGUCGAA